AUGGCGGAAACAUGGCCGGAAGUUUGCGUUCGUUUGUUGGGGGCUACUUGUGAGCAUCGAGUCCUUGACAUGACUGGCGCCUGCUCACGCGAGUUGGCGCAGUCUUUGCACAACGGUCUCCUGCCAGGCACCAUUCCUUCAGGGCUUCUUGUUGCGAACGUAGCAAAGGCCGAGAGUCUAGAAGACCUCGUUCGUGAAGUCGAUUUAGUUCAUCGGAGUCCUGUGGUUUUCACAGUGUCUCAGCCUCAACGGUUCCCGCAGCUUCUGACUGCGUCGCCCGGCGAGGGCUUCGCAAAAUGGACAGCUCCGACAAAGAGAGAACCAUCUGGACAAUUUCUCAUGGAGUUUGACCGUGUCAUGUGCGUUCCAGGGCAACACCUCCGCCCAUGCGAGGCAUGCGAGGGUCAACUUUGGCAUCGGCACCCUUUGCAUGUGAGAAUUCUUCAGCGUGGGCUCGGCCUGCUCAGGCCUGGUGGACGACUUGUUUUCGUGGCAUGUGGCCAGCUGCACCCGGUCGAGAACGAGGCAGUCAUAGCUGCAGCCUUGAGCAGGUACGGCCCGCCGUCCGUGCAAAUAGAAGAUGCUAGGCAGCUUCUUGCCUGCCCAUCGUCUUUGGGCUGCACCUCAUGGAGCAUACCCAACCCUAUCAAGGGAGAGGAGCCGUCCCAUUUCCUGUCAUGGGACGACGUCCCUCUCAAACUGCGGGAUGGCAAAGUUCUUCGCACUAUGUUUCCGCCGAAGUACAGCGAGCCGAAUGGUUUGGAACUGGGCUCACAGCUGGCGCGCUGUUUGCGGCUGGAUGUGGGCCCGGGGCUCUUUCUGGCUGUCUUGGUCAAGGAGUCAACAGCACCGAGGAUUUGUUCAUCGCCGUGUCCCGUGGAGGAAGACGAGCAGUCUUCCUUGACACCGGGGAGCAACAUCAUGGUCAGAUCAUCAGGAGCCUCUGCAAGGGUAGUUGGACGUGGAAGUGGCCCGUAUGCGGGCUUAGUGAAGAUCAGGUACCCUGACAGGUCCACAUAUCAUUUGGAGGCGAGUGAGCUGCAACCUCUGUCGAGUCGACCCACAGCUUCCCCAGCUUUCACAUUGGCAUUUAAGGCUGCUUGCUUGGCUUUGACAAUGAUGAGCACUCUAUUCUACAUCAGUCCGUGGUCGCGGUGCUCUCACACACUCGUCCGCCGGCUGAAGUGGCAUUCGGGGGUGCUUUUGAGUGCAUGUCUGGCCUUUGCUUGCAUGCGAAGUCGUGGGCGUGCUGUACGCAGUCCGGUCGGGGUGGCAAAGUCCCCACUUCCUGGAUCUAGAAUUGUGAGGGGAUGUUCGAAUGUGCCACAACCCGUGCAAUCCUUUUGCUCCUUUUUUGGUUGGGAUCUAUGCUGGGAGAAGUUCCGAGAUUGUCUUGCCUAUCGAACGGCAGAUAAGCGCGACUUGUACCUGGUGUCUGCAGCCGUCUUUCAGCUUCGCGUUCCGGAACAGCUGCGCCAAACUCUUUGUGGAAUGCCUGUCUUGACUAGGUGCGAUGUGUCGGAGAGACGGUACUGGGGUACCGACGUGAAGCCCAGAGCCACGCUGACAGCCUUGCUCCGCAAGUACGCAUCACGGCGGCGUCUCCUCCUUCAAGGCGCUUUGCUCCAGGAGAUCUUGGACACAGGCUGCUUGUCGCUGGAAGCCUGCCCGCUCGAAUCAGAAGUACAACAAGGUCUGCUCCAAGGAUUGGAUUCUUGCACCUCGGAGGGAAUCCUGCGACCUGGCUGCGUGCUGAUCUUAUGCAGUGAAGCCGAUGACGCCGAGAAUUCCCAGUGUUGGCUCGGCGUUCUGGGAUCGACGCACCUGGAGAUACCAGAGGUGCUCCACAGGAAAAGUCCGUUUCCCCUGCCCUGA